AUGGCUGCAAGCGGAAAACGAUUGGCGGGCAAAAUUGCUCUGGUGACGGGCGCUGCGAGCGGCAUAGGCCUGGCCGUCACCCAGACUUUCUUGUCUGAAGGCGCAAAAGUCUUGGGUGUCGACUUCUCGGAAAGCAAUAUCGAGACGGCGAGCUCGCUUCUGUUGUCGCAAGGCUUCGAUACAAGUGCAUAUGGUUUCCACCAUGCUGAUGCAGCGGACGAGAGUUCGGUGAUUGCCUUUGUGGACAAAUGUUGCGAGGACCUUGGGGGACUCGACAUUGCAGUGCUGAAUGCAGGGAUAGGAGUGAUCAAGCCUAUCUCCAACUUGACUGUUGAAGAAUGGGAUCGGCAUAUGCGGGUAAAUGCUCGUGGACCAUUUCUCGGGGUCAAAUAUGGCGCCGCUAAGAUGCAGGAUCUUGGAAAGGGCGGCAGCAUCAUCAUAACAGCAAGUCUCGCCAGCGAAGCAGCUUAUGCCGAGCUGUGUGCUUACAACAUGUCCAAAUUUGCUGUCCGCGCUUUGGCGGUGACUGCAGCCCAGGAAUACGCCAAAGACCGCAUCCGAGUCAAUGCAGUUUCUCCCGGUUUUGUGGCCACGCCACUAAUUCAUGCUUGGGAUAAUCUAGAAGCGCGACUCAAAGCUACUCCGGCUGGUAGGGCUGUGGAACCGCUGGAGGUAGCAAAGUUGUAUUUGUUCUUGGCAAGUGAUGAUGCGAUUAUGGUGUCAGGAAGUAAUUACCGUAUGGAUGGUGGAAUGUUGUUGCAUUAG